AUGAAUACAGGUUACAUCCAGGUUGUCCUUUUUCUUUUAAGCUUCUUCGUAUAUAUGAAUAACAAUGCCAUUGCAAGCGAGCUUUCUCUAAAAAAAUCUAAGAAUAUUUCUUCAUCCAAAGAUUCUCUGCUUAGUUAUAUCCCGGAUAAAAUUUUUAAACCAUCCAACUCCUUAAUAUGUACCAAUCCUGAUGAAAUUGAAAAAGCAGAAAAAAUUAUGGGUGAGGCUAUAGAACGAUUGAAAGAACAUGCUAUACAUUCAAAUGAUUACAGGUUGUACCACCAUUAUGAUGAAGAUGUAAAUGUAUAUCGUAAGAGACAUAAAUAUCUAAUCGUUGAUAAAAUUGAUGUUAAAAUCCACAAUACCGAUAAGUAUGAAGAAAUAAUAGAUACACUAUUCAACUUUAAUAAUGAUAUAUAUAGUGGUGGUAUCGUGGUUGAAGGAAAAGUUGUCCGUGAAUACAAUCCAAAUUUAGUAAUGAUACAAAAACGCUACAUAGAUGUCCCUAAUAAACCUUUUGAAGGAUAUUUUUAUUCUAUAGCUACAAAACAUCAAGUAUCUGAAGAUACUACUGUAAUUGCUUUAACAUCGGCAAAUAUAAAUGAUUACAACCAUAUAGACAAAAAUUUAUUUAGAAACAUUAUUGUAGAAAGUGCAAAUUCAUUCGAAACCGACAUAUGUUCUGAAAAUUAUAUUAGAAGAAGAUACUUAAACAAAAUGUUUGUUCACUUAUCCGGAUAUAUCAUUAAAAAAAAAAGUAAAUAUAUUCAAAUUACCUGUAUUAACGCUCUUGAAGUAGAUAAUCGCAAUGCUCCAAAAUUCGUUGAAGAAAGAUUUAAAUCAGACAAAUUAACGAUUCUAGUUAGUACAAGAAACAAAUAUUCUAUGAAAUAA